CAACAAAUUUUCAAAAUGAAGUUAUUCAUCAUAUUCUUAGCACUGAUCGUGGCUGUUCUGGCCGUACCCCAGCGUGGUGGUCAACAGGGAUUCGGCCAAGGUGGUCGCGGUCAACAGGGAUUCGGACCAGGUGAUCGCGGUCAACAAGGCUUCGGCCAAGGUGGUCGCGGUCAACAAGGAUUUGGACCAGGUGAUCGCGGUAAACAAGGAUUCGGCCAAGGCGGACACGGUCAACAAGGAUUCGGCCAAGGCGGACACGGUCAACAAGGAUUUGGCCAAGGUGGUCGCGGUCAACAAGGAUUCGGACCAGGUGAUCGUGGUCAACAAGUAUUCGGCCAAGGCGGACGCGGUCAACAAGGCGGACAACAUGGACGCCCUGGCUAUUAAGAUCAACAAAGUUAAUAAACCUUAUUGACUAAAAUUUACAAACAU